UGUAUACUGUAGGUUUGACGCUGCAUCAUAAUUAUGUAAUGCUCAUGCUGGCAACAGUUACAGUUAUAUCAGUGACGGGAAGUGGAGGAGCCAUAAAACGUCUUCGGAUCAGGAUUUUAAAUUGCACAAAGAGGCUGGAGGAGAAAAAUAUCAACGUUUCUUUGCUUUUUAAAACCAGACUCUGGCACUCUGGAUCCGGCUGGAGAUGCGGAGAAUAAUUUGCCACAGAUUCCUCUGCAUAGUGGAGGCACUAUCACAGACCACGUGAGAGGAAUAUUCAAUGACGGUCCCCGACAGACCGGUUCAUCUCCGCUGGCACUCCUCUGCUGCUGACAUGGACUCUUGGACACUGUAUUUUCUCAGCUUCCCACUAACGGACGCGGAGGGAGGGCGACACUGUGUCUGAAUGUAACCUUUGAUCUUUUCUCUUCUUUUUCUGUUCUUUUUCUUUCGUUUUCUUCUUCUCCUCCUCCACAAGUCAAACAGUUAGGAGGGGGGUAUGGCUUGGCCGUGCAUCAGCAGAGUGUGCUGCCUGGCUCGCUUCUGGAACCAGUUCGACAAAUCGGACCUGUCCGUCCCGCUCACCAUCCAGAACUACUCGGACAUCGCCGAGCAUGAGGUGCGGUCCGUCACCAAACAAGUCUCCGCCUCGGAGCGCGCACCCGGGAAUAACUACUCGACUCCGGACCCGCGUGCCGCCGGCGCCACUCAUGCGCCCACAGAUGGCCCGGGGACCCGAGGAUCCUUCAGGGCACGGAAGGAGCCCAGUUACAAGCCCCGGGAGGACUACCACCCGCCCGGAGUGCCUUUUCCCAGCGUUACGCAGUACAAGCAGGACUUCAAACCGUGGCCCAUUCCCAGGAAGGAGAAUUUCCCUUGGAUUAGUAACGGGGGCAGCAGGGCGGACAGUGUGUCGGACAGCCCGGUGAACAGUUACCACAGCCAGGCACAGCCGGGGGAGAGAGAGGAGCGGAGGUGGGGGGAGCAGCAGGUGACGGAGGACAGCAGAACCAGCUCCUACAGGCAAGAGUACAGGCCGUGGACUGGGGUGAGACCCGCCAAAAGUGCGAGGAAAAAUCCCCCAGCUCAAUACUCCAGCCCGGGGACAGAGGCCACCCAAGUCCCGCGUGAGACCAGCUACCAGGCAGCCUACAGCGGGGAGGGCCACAGGUCCAUAGGGCUGCAUCAGGGGGAGCACAACAUCGCAUCUGCUGCCUCCAACAUCCAACCUGCUGCUGUCCCCCAGCCCAUCCCCGCUGCCCUGCAAGCUGGCACUUCACCCAUCGCCCCCAGCCUCCAGCAGAGCAUCCCGCCUGAGAGGAACGAGCUCAGUAGAACGACCAAGGGAGAGGAACAUCUGGUGAGGACCAAGUUCCCUCCGAACUCUUCUGCCGUCUUUCAAAGCGGACCGAGGGUCUUCAACAUCUGACAGCUUCUCCGAUUUCCAACCAUUCCACUUUGACCGGUUUCAGUUUUAAGGAAUCAACAGGGGAAUGAUCCAAGUCCAUUCCACAACACAAGAAUCUAUGCAAGGGAAUGUAUAAUGUUGUGAAGCGUGCAGAGCUGCAGCCUCAGUAUCCCGAGUGGACGCAGAUAGACGCCCCCUCCUUUUACACUCCUUCCUGCCCCUGUUGCUAUGAAAAUGAAUAUGCAUGUAACUAAAUAGUUUUAAAACAAGCUUUUUUUGCAGUUAUAGAUGCCCAAGAAACUGGCUGCUCUGUGUGUUUCUAAGUGAGUUUGUGUGGGCGUGUGCACCUGUGGAUUUGUCCUUUCAUUGUACAUAAUGUCGAGUCUUCUCCAGUAAUGAAUGACACAGCUGGUCAUUCAGUGUGUAUGCUUUAGAUUACUAUGUUGCCCUUUGGUGUUGUGCUAGAAAUCUGCUAGAAAAUCAGCUAUUUAUUUCCUCAGUAUUCAAUUAGUUAACUAUUUUGAGAAAGUAUUGUUCGGUCGAUUAUUUUGUAAAUCUAUUGUUAAAGAAAAAGAGCAAAUAUAUAUAAUGGAAGUCAAAUUACAAUAAAAGAAUAUUAGGUUCUUUUUAUGAGAA